GCCGAAGCUAAUGAGUCGCAGAGGCUCCGAGAAGAGGUUGCGCAACUCCAAGAAGAGGUCCGCUCGUUUCCUCAAGCAGAUGCUGCUGCAGCACAAAACGUUCAAGAACCAGAAAAUCGUUUGCCACAGGUUGACGUUCAAGAACCUCAUCUGUACUUCACGUUGCGAGACAAGCCUGCCAUCCUGGAGAAAACGGCCGACAUCCCCUACCACGGCCACAUCAAGCAGGAAGAAGGUUUAGACUGCUACGUGUCCUUUCCUGGCAAAUAUGCAGCCGGUUGGGAUGCAUUGAUCAAGGAACACCACGGACAAUCCGUGGCAUGCGUGUUCCUGUGCACUCCAGCUGAUGGCCUUGGAAAGCACUAUAAAGAAGAAGUUGGUGGCCAGUGCUAUUGCCCCACAAUUUAUGGGCAGCGGGACUUCAGGACUUUCGGUUACUUGAAAGAGCUGCCAGCAUCUUGUAGCGAAGCAGAGGAGAAGAUUGAGGUAGAGAAGGCGAAAGCCACGAAGACUGUUGUGGUUCGAUCAGAUGCCAGCGACAAAGACAAACAAGAAGCUGAAGAGAAAGCACGACAAGCUUGGGAGGACAGUGGCAGAGUUGCCUCCUGGGGAUGCGAAUGGUUCCACACGUGGAAGAAGCAGGUGGCCGAAGCCGUGAGGUUGAAGCAACGUCUCAAGGUAGUGUUCUUCCCUGCACAGACUGGCAAAGGUAUAGUUUCUUUUGAGGAUUUGAACAGAGAUGAUGUAAAUCUUUGGGAUGGAGUUGGCUGCGGUGGGAGCCAAAAGUGCGAAAUCGCAUACUUGGAGCGGAUGAGGCAGCAGCAAGGAGAGGCUUGGAAUUAUGAUCAUGUGGACGUCAGCCAUUUCCUGAAGGAAGAGUUUAUAGUUGGCGCUAAAGUUGAUGCGUGGGACGGCAAGCUGUGGUGCAGAGGGACUCUAGUUGGUGUUCCCUCAGCGAUACCAAAGAAACCUGAGGACGCCAGAUGGACAAUACAGUCCCAAACGAGCGGUCACCUGUUUGUAACAGAUCGUGUCAGGCAUGCAGAUUUUAUUCAAACCAUGCUUGCAGAAGUUGGACGUGAAAAGUUCAUGGGCCUAGUGAAAGACUCGCUACCGACAGAAGUGGCAAUAGUGAAGGAUCAGGAGUUUGUAUUCCCAGACGGCAGUCCAUCACUAGCCAUCAGACUUCGCAUCCAGCAUAUCGAGUUGCUGCAAUACAUGCGCAAUUUGGUCUUGAGCAAUGACCUGGAAAUCAAGAUAAACAAAGCUUUGACAAAGUGGCAAGUACGUGUGGACAAGACCUUUUUCUGCAAAGCUUUUGAAGCCGAGCUGGUAAACUUGUCAGAUCUUACUGACCACCAGAAACAGAAGCUUGCAGAUAUCAAGGAGCUCAUGAAACAUGGGGAUGUCCAUCUAUCUGCUCCUGCCAUUUUGGCUCAAGCCAUUUUGGCUCAAGGUUUGUAG